GAGGAGGAGAGGAGAGGACGUCAUAUUGAGGAAACAAAUGUCAAGGUUCAUAGAAACCAAAGUCGAUCGACGGGAAGCAGUUCUCUCUUUCAGGAGGAAAAUAAAUCGGAUUUUGGAACAAAUAGUCUGACAGACAGAAACAACAACAAGGAAUGGCCUCUGCUACUUCCUGGUCUGAAGAUAACUUUUUAUGUUCCAUCUGUCUGGAUGUGUUCAGCAGCCCCGUUUUCACCCCAUGUGGACACAACUUCUGCAGAAUCUGUAUUACAAAGUUCUGGGAUGAACAAGUCCAGUACAAAUGUCCUGUUUGCAACGAGCUCUUCCACACUAGACCUGAUGUACGGGUCAAUACCUUCAUAUCAGAGCUGGCUGCUCAGUUUAAAACGUCUGUAGGAUUAAAAGAGCAGCCUUGUGUUGAACCAGGAGAAGUUCCCUGUGACGUCUGUACUGGGACCCAGCUGAAGGCUGUGAAGUCCUGCCUUGAGUGUUUUACCUCUUACUGCCACACCCACCUGGAGCCACAUCAGAGAGUCAGAGGCCUGAAGAAACAUCGACUGGUCGAGCCAAUGGAUGGUCUAGAAGAAAGGAUGUGUAAGAAACAUGAGCGACUUCUGGAGCUCUUCUGCAGGACUGAACAGGAGUGUGUCUGUCAGUUCUGCACAGAGGGUGACCACAGGUCCCAUCCUGUUGUACCUCUAAAGGAGGAAUAUGAAUUGAAGAUGGCCCAGCUGGCAAAGAUAGAGGAGAUGAUCCAGGAGAGAAAACUAAAGAUUAAGGAGAUAGCCUUCAGAUCCCUGAAAGAUCCUCCACCCAGGUACCGGAAGAUGGUGGCGGCCCGUCCUCCGUCAUACGUCGAGACCUUGAAGAGCUCUCUGGAUCAGCUGGAGGAGACACUGAACAUGGAGAUAAGGAAGCUGUGGGGUCCUGCUGAGCUGAAGAGGGUCCAACAGUAUGAAAAAGAUGUGACUCUGGAUCCUGAUACAGCUCAUCCUCUGCUCACCGUGUCUGAGGAUGGGAAACAAGGCUUCUAUUCAGGGAAACCUUACUUUGAGGUCCAGGUUAAAGGCAAGUCUUCAUGGCGUUUAGGUGUGGCCGGACACAGGCCCGCGGCGCAGAUGGCCAGGCAGAGAGAUGGCAGGGAGCUGGGAGUGAUGGCUGUAGGGGAUGGGUCGCUGCUCGCUGUGUACGUGAACUUCUGCAUGGCUCUGAAACAGCUGGCAGAAUGGACCCAGCCGCUCUUCUCUGGGUAG